AUGGACAGCAUCGACGAGAAAUACGAUCGGCUUGUUGAACAUCUUCAUGACUGCACGAGGAAGGCUCAGAGUUCUAAAUCCACCCAGAGACGCCUGUCUCCGGAAACUCUAGAGCUGAUACGUCAGCGUGGAGCUGCACGAGGUGCAGACAUCCAAGACCUCACGUCCGAGUUCGCAAGGCUUUGUAGAGAGGCGAUAACAGAAAAUCUUAGAGAGAGAAGAGCAGAAGUGUAG